GUUUGGCGACAGCUGCUAUCUCUUCAGACUCUUUUUUUCUGAAAUUUCUCGUUUCCUGCUUAAUGGCUGCCACAUACGAUACGGUCGUGCUCGACAUUGAGGGCACCACGACGCCCAUCACGUUCGUGCACGAAACCAUGUUCCCCUACAUCACCAGCAACAUCGACGAGUUCCUCACCACACACUGGACCGACCCGACAGUCCGCGCCCACGUCCAGUCCAUUGCCGAGCAGGCCAACAAGGACGUUGCCGACGGGCUCGCCCAGGCCAUUGCCAUCGACCUGGCCGCAGACUCGCAGGAGGAGAUUCGCCAAAAGGUCCUGGCGAACGUGUCGUGGCAGAUGCGCGCUGACCGCAAGAUCGGGCCGCUCAAGGGCCUGCAGGGGUACAUGUGGAAAUUUGCCUUUGAGAGCGGCGCCCUGGUCAGUGUAAUCUACGACGAUGCCUCCAUGGCCAUCCACCGGUGGGUCGAGGCAGGCAAGAACGUGUACAUCUACUCGUCGGGCAGCGUCGAGGCGCAGAAGCUCCUGUUUGGCCACUCCGACCACGGCAAUAUGCUGGGACUGUUCUCGGGCUACUACGAUACCAAGAUUGGCGCCAAGGUCGAGCCCGAGAGCUACAGCCGGAUUGUAAAGGACAUUGGCGUGGAGCCCAGCCGCGUGCUGUUCAUUAGCGAUAGCAUCAAGGAGAUCCAGGCCGCGGAUCAGGCCGGCCUGCAGACUGUGGUGUCGGUGCGCCCGGGGAAUGCCCCGAUUGCCGAGGACUGCGGGUUCCGGACUGCGACCAACUUCCUAGACAUUGCAUAGACAGUGCCAGCAGUGGGGCUCGAUGCACACCACAUCACUGCUAUUUGGUAUUGCAUAGAAGAAGCCAUAGAUAAUGUAUCAGCUUGUUCAGCCAUUAGCCGGAUGCUUGUCUCUGGCCCAGUACGCGUUUGGGUAUAACUGGCAGGCCCAGACACCAAGUGGUAGGCGGCCUAGUGGCUGGUUGUACUGGAGUAAAAUGUCUCGCCAUAUGAGAA